AUGUCCUCCUCCGCCCACUUCGCAGACCCCUCGAGCUUUCAACAACAGUCCAACGACUUUGUGAGCUGGCUUGAGUCAUGCCCGGGAGUUCAAGUCAACCCGAAGAUCUGUUUGGCAGAUCUGAGAUCCACAGGCGCUGGUCGUGGGGUUGUGGCUCGGUCCAGUAUUCUUGAAGGCGAAGAGCUUUUCUCUAUUCCGCGAAAUCUCAUCCUCGCCGUCCAAAACUCGGAGCUGAGGAACCUGCUUGAGCCUGACCUUGAAGCGCUCGGGCCAUGGCUGUCCCUGAUGCUGGUCAUGCUUUUUGAAUAUUCAAAGGGUACAAACUCCAAAUGGGCUGCCUAUUUUCGCGUCUUACCCACGCGGUUUGACACAUUGAUGUUCUGGUCAUCGGAGGAACUUCGGGAGUUGCAGGCUAGCGCCAUCGUGGACAAGAUUGGAAAAAAGGGCGCGGACGAGUCCAUUCUGCAAUCAAUUGUGCCCGUUGUCCGCGCAAACCCCAACCUCUUUCCUCCAGUGCACGGAGUUCCUUCUUAUGAGGGUGACGCGGGUGCUGCGGCCCUGCUCGAACUGGCUCACGUCAUGGGUUCCUUAAUUAUGGCGUACGCUUUUGACAUUGAGAAGCCUGAGACUGAGGAUGAUGACGUCGAUGACAAUGAUGAGAGUUAUAUGACCGACGAUGAGGAUGAACAAUUACCUAAAGGGAUGGUUCCGUUGGCGGACCUGUUGAACGCUGACGCGGACCGAAAUAAUGCUCGCCUGUUCCAAGAAGAAGAAUGUCUCGUCAUGAAAGCAAUCAAGCACAUUCAAGAGGGCGAAGAAAUUUUCAAUGAUUACGGAGAAAUUCCUCGUGCAGAUCUCCUUCGCCGAUAUGGCUACGUGACCGAGAAUUACUCGCAGUACGAUGUCAUUGAGCUGUCUCUUGGAGAUGUUUGUCAAGUCGCGGGGUUGUCUGACAGUGACGUGGAGUCUCAGCCAAGACUCGAGCUUCUUGAGGCCAACGAUGUGCUCGACGAUGGCUACGUGAUUCCUAGGCCUGCACCAAAUGCUUCCCUUCAUGACAUCCUUCCCGCUGAACUUGUGGUCCUUCUGAGCACAUUGUGCUUGACACCGGAGGAGUUUGAACAGCGCCGUUCAAAGAAUAAGCCCCCCAAGCCAGCAAUGGAAAGCAUCCAGGCCAGCCUUCUCCGCAAAAUCUUGCAGGCCAAGCAGGCGCAGUAUGGCAGCUCUCUUGCUCAAGAUAUGCAACUUCUCAGCUCCCUUCUCCCGCCCAAUGCGCCCGCUGCACUAGAAGGAUCCGAUCGCCGCAAGAUGAUGGCGCUUCAGGUGCGCAUUGGGGAGAAAGAGGUUAUUCAAGCCGUUCUCGCUAUGCUUGAGCCUCUCCUUUCGAAUGGAUCGCUCAAACGCGGUGCCAAUGGGGAUGCCGAUGACAGGCAAUUCAAAUCUGCACGAGUGUGA